GCGGGUCUAAGACAAGCACAAACACCGUUCCCACUCACAGUGAAGGAGCAAGGAGGUGGCAUGAUGUCGUCAGACAGGGAUAAAAGGGCUGUGUUUGGUAAAGGAAUCGCGUUCGACCCCUGCCAGCUUCGAGACCCUUGGGAGAACAGAGCCCAGAAGAUCAGUGAGAAGGGACAGCAGGAGAAGGAGGGGCAGGAAAAUAGCGACCUGAAUCGGCUUAUUAAAGAGCGGCACAUUCGACUGAUGGCAUUGGAGAAGAAAGGAAAGGGCAGAAAUAUGGUGUAUUGUCCUCUACUGAAACGGUUUAAGCUUGAUCCUCCACUAGAUGCAGCCCCGCCCCCACCUCCACCCCCACCCACUCCCAAGAAAUCACCACGACGGGUGAAGAUAGAGAUCCCCAAGCCAGUGGAGAAGAAGCCCACCCCACCUAAACCAUCACCUCCUCCUCUGCCCAAAGUCAUUCUCUCAUACAAAGACUUACAAAGACGAUCUGAGGGAAAAUGGUGGAGGGGUAUUAGGGAUAGAGAACUACCGAAUGGUCCAAGUGAAUGGUCAAAGCCCUUUAAGUGUCGACCACUGCAGUUCAGUAGAAUCCUUUACGACCAAACAAUGUCCUGGCAGCGGGGAUGGCAAACGUUCAGCCGGGAAAAAAGCAACAAACUACUGAAAGUUAAACCUUUGGAUGACAAAGUUGACCUUAAAGAGUGGAAGGAUUCUUGGAAGAUGUCCAGGCCUUUACCCAAGCAGCACACAGAAAACAGGGGCAUUACAGAAAAAGUAAAGGCUUUCAGAGAGUGGCAGAAUCGCUUGGCAAUCAGCAGAAAUAGAACAUCUACGGCAGUGGAGAAGAAAGGAAAGAGCAGGGACAUGUCUAACUUCAGGUCUAAAGUGGCACCUCCAUCAACUAUACAGAAAUCUGAGCCACCAACUCAUGAGAAAAAACAUGAACCACUCCUUCAGCUGAGGAAGGAGAGCUCUGAGGAAAAUAAGCCCUCCGCACCCAAGAGCGCAAAGCCCCCAGCCCCACAACCCAAGGAGAAGAAGCUGCUUGCCAUAAAACCGUCACCUCCUCAGGAUGACACAGUAAAUCUUCCAUGGUGGAAGAAAGUUUGUAGGACGUCCAAGCCUUCACUCAAGCAGCACACAGAGAAUCAGAUGAUUGCAGAAACUGUUAAGACAGGGACGGGCGAUGACAUGUCUGACUCCAGAAAAAUUGUGAUGAGCCUUGACAAUGAUGCUGACAUUGAAGCAGCACAUUUGGAGACCAGGUUGGGGGACCAGGUUUGGAGGCCAAGUUUGGAGGCCAGGUUUGGAGUCCAUGCUAAGGUGGUACCUCCACCCACACCACCCACAAAGACACGUGAACCACCCAAGAAAUCGCAAUUUGAUGCCCCCCAAAAAACUCAGGCUUCAUCGGACAUACUUGAUGUCAAUAAAUGGUCAGAAGCCUGGAGGACUCAACCACUGUUGUUGAACAUUAAAGAACAAGUAUCUCUGGAGGCUUGGGAGCAGGAAUGGCCAGAGUUCACAGAGGAACAAAGUGAUAAACGACUGAAUGCUAAGCCUUUGGAUGACAAUGUAAAUCUUACAGAAUGGGGGGAUGCUUGGAAGACGCCCAAACCUUUAGCCAAGCAGCACACUGAGGACUUGACGGUUACAGAGACAGUAAAGCCCAAAGCCUUGACAGGUUGGAGAGAGGCAAGGAGGCUCUCUGGUGACAGUGUUCAAGAUAAUCCUCCAAGUCUGAAGGAUUGGCGUGACUCGUGGAGUUUCUGCCAAGAACAUCGCUGGUGGAAGGUUUCUAUGGACUCCCAGAUGUCAAAACAACUUUUUUCCCAUCUAAGGAAAAGGGGUGGAGGGCUUUUUUUGUUUUGUUUUUUGUUUUUGUUUCUUUGUUUUCUUGGACACAAUACGGACUGGGGACAAUAGGACUUAAUUACCAUGACAGCCAUGAAGCAAGCAAACAAAUAAACAACACAACACAUUUAGGUUAAGACAUGAAAACGAUGACAACCAUGCAUUAUAACCUAAUUAACUUAAAGUAACUUUUUAAAGACCAAACUCGAAGAAAACUGUUAACAGUAUGUGAUGGGACAUGCGAGGAAAGGAAAGGAGAGGAAAGUAAAGGGAAGGAAAAUAAGGCUGGUAAAAAGCAAGAUGUUAUGGCAAGGAUUUUGUAAAGUGUAUGUAUGCAGAUGGGAUAGGCUGGGGGAGAUUGUGGGCUGAGGGCCCUUGGGUAAUGUUUUUGUCAGCAGAUAAACUUUAGAAAAUAUGGUGGAUAAAUGAAGAAGUCUUAUUCAGGCCAUUUACCAUUGAAGAAAAUGGUCACAGUUCCGGUCUACUUAUUAAGGAGUGGCUCUCGGGUCUGGUAAAAUUAGUUAAUUGACUGUACUGUAUAUGAACCAGAAAAAAUGAAGGAGUGAGAUGUUUCGCUUCCUCCUCCGUCUCUGACUGUAGGCAGUUCCUACUCCCAUCAUGACCCAAACUGACAGAGCUGCACUAGUUGACUUCAAGAAACCUGAAGAAGCUUCCUUUUCAGAUAUGUAGUGUUUGAUAUUAGCAAAUGUGGGACACCUUUUAAUUUUAAGUGGGCAAGGAUGUGACAGGGUAUAGCUGAUAUUGUUGAGUUAAUUAACAUAGUCAUGUUACAUGCCUCCUAUUGGUCUGUUCGAACUGAUUCUUUGUGUUUUGUCUUAAUUGAUUGCAGGUGUGACUGCGGAGCAUGCGUCUCCUCCUGUUAUCUUAAAAUGGCUGCAUUUCCUGCCAACCAGGAAGAGGAAAAAAGAGCCGCUGCUACCUCCAAGUCCCCAGACUAGCUCUAGCCUAUGGACUGAACUCCCAAUCACAGUUGAAAAUAAUUAUAUCUAGUCUCUGUGUUUAUUGUGAAAUUCUGAGUAUAUCUUGUCGGAUCAGUGUCUGUGAGGACUUGGAGACAGUCAGCAAAGGUAAUUCUUGUUUUUUUGUGUGUUUGUGGGCUUGGCUAUUCCAUGCAUGUAGCACUUUAAAGUCUUUCAGACAUUUUUGAGAGUUAUGAAUGCAUUUUUUGUUACACUUAAUACAGUUUGCUGUGCGUGCACUAUAGAUGGGUUAGCUGAUAACGUCACAAAUGAUUCGUACGUUUUCAAUGGUGAUUUCUGGAUGGCCAGACAGCUUCCAACAAUGACAAACUGCCUGUGGGGAAUCUGGAACUGUUUGUCUUCGUAAUGAAUCUACAGUGUGUAUAUACCACAACCUGGGAUUGGAUUCAUCCCAUGACUGAAGCUUCAGUUUCUCAGCCAAUUAUAGCACAGGGGGAGGUGGCAUGAUGUCGUCAGACAGGGAUAAAGGGACAGUGUACGACAACUUCCAGCUCAGGAACCAAUGGGAGAACAGAGCUAAGCAGUUCAGUCAGAAGGGACAACUGGAAAAGGAGAGACAAGGAAAGAGUGCCUUGAAUGGGCUUUACAAAAAGUGGCAGUCUCGCCUGGCGAACACAAAUGGAACCCCUACGGCAGCGGAGAAGAAAGGAAAGGGCAGCAACAUAUCUGACUUCAGAAAGGUUGCGGUGAUCCCAGACAUUGAUGCUGACAUCGAAAGAGCCAUGUUUAAGGUGGUACCACCACCAAAGAUUCCCAAACCUGCUCCAUCCCCACCACCCAAAAAGAAACCACCCAAGAGGGCAAAGCCCCAAGUUCUCAAACCAGCCGGAGGCUGGGAUGAGUCAUGGAAGAGCCUGAAGCCCCCAGAGCAGGAAGUCCAACCUGAGGAAAAAUGGUGGAGGGAUUUGAAGCCAGAUAGAUACCUACCUCUCAGUGAAUGGGCAAGGCCCUUCAAGUGUCGACCACUGUUAUUCAGUUUCAUCCUUCACCAGCAAACAGAGUGGUGGCAGCGAGGAUGGCCAGUGUUCAGCUGGGAACAAAGCAACAAACUAUUGAAAGCUAAGCCUUUGGAUGUCGAAGUAAACCUUCUAGGGUGGGAGGACGCUUGGAAGACAUCCACAUAUUUAUCCAAGCAACACAUUGAGAACCAGAUGAUUACAGAAACAGUACAGCUCAAAGCCUUCUUCCCAGGCUGGACAGAAUCUUGGAAGGUCGCAGGUGAAAAUGUCCAAAACAGUGGCCGAUAUCUGAGGGAUUGGCACGAGUCCUGGAGUUUGUGCCAAGAACACCACUGGUACAAGGCCCCCAUAGACUCCCGGUUGAUGUCAAAACAUGUGUUGUCCGAUGAGUUGUUGAUCUCUCAGCUUGAUGAGGAUAUCCCAUCUUCAUCAGAUUGGAUAGAGUCCUGGAAAUCUGUGAAAUCUCAGCCCCAGUACCAAGAGUCCCAGUCAGAGCCCAAAGGGACUGAAUUAAAGGUAGAAAUGUCCCAUGUGCCACUGCAUUUCCAGUUCCACAAGCUUAACACACCUUUCUCAAACUGGCACGAGUCUUGGAAAGUGUCAACUGCAAAUAAUGAAGCAAUUGAAGAUGGAUGGAAAGGUUCCUGGAAGAUAUGUAGUCAGCAUCAAAAUGACACAAAUGCCCAAAGAGAUGUUGUGUUUUUCUCAAAUAAGUACAAGACCCAAAGGUUCCGGGGUGUUGACAGCAUGCCUCAGAGUGAAUGGUCUAAAUCCUGGAAGACCCCCAUGCGUCCCCAACAUACUUUCUUGCCAGGUUGGAAAGAAUCUUGGAAACAAAACAGCAAUCCAUAUUGGAAGGAUUGGCAUGAGUCCUGGAGUUUGUGCCAAGAACAUCACUGUUGCAAGUCCUUUAUGGACUUCCAGUAUUGCCAUCAUGCUAUGAUGAUGUCAAAAUGCUUGCUGACCAAUGAGCUGUUGAGCUCCCAGCUUGAUGAGGAAAUCCCAUCUUCAUACGAGUGGAUUGUGUCCUGGAAAUCUGUGAAACCUUAUCCUCAGUCCCAGUCAGAUUCAGAAGAAACUGAAUCAGAGUUGGAAAUGUCCCACUGCAUCUUCAGUUCUACAAGCUUAACACACCUUUCUCAAACUGGCAUGAGUCUUGGAAAGUGUCAACUGCACAAGCUGUAGCAGGUAAAGAUGAACAACAUCCUUCAACAGAAUGGGCGGAUUCCUGGAAGAUAUCUUGGACGAACCUAAAGAGAAAUGACUUAAAACCCCAAAGGGAUGUUGUAUUUUUCUCAAGGCAUAAGACUGAAUGUGUUUUGAGUGUUGACUGUAUGAUCCAGAAUGAAUGGUCUGAAUGCUGGAAGACCAUCAAGCCUACCCAAUACACUACGACACAGGAGGAGGAGGAAAAAGAUGGCCGUUCUGAUUCCUCUAAACAUUUGUCACAUCUAAUAGAGAUUCCUUUGAAUGAUUGGGCAGAAUCAUGGAGGUUCAAGCCAGAAGAUGAGAGCCCCACCUCACCCAAGACGGCACAGCCCCUAGCCCCAAAACCAGAGGAGGAGAUGCUGAAAGCCAGCACACCAUCACAUCCUCAGCCUUACAAAUACAAUCUUAACCAGGCAAUCUGGGGUGAUUCCUGGAAAAUCCUAAAGCCCCCACAGAAGGAAGUCCCAUCUGGAAAAAAAUGGUGGAGGGUGUUUAAGCAGGACAGAAACCUACCUUUCAAUGAAUGGGCAAAGCCCUUCAAGUGUCGACCACUGCUAUUCAGUCGCUUACUGCACACACAAACAACAUCCUGGCAGCAGGGAUGGCCAGCGUUCAGCCGGGAACAAAGCAACAAAAUACUGAACGCUAAAGAUUUGGAUAACAAAGUAAACCUUCCAGAGUGGGAGGAUGCAUGGAAGACACUCAAGCCUUUACACAAGCAGCAUACUGAGAACAAGAUGAUUACAGAAAGAGUACAGCCCGAUGGCUUCUUGCCAGGUUGGACAGAAUCUUGGAAGGUCGCAGGUAACAAUGUUCAAAACAACAAUCCAUAUCUGAAGGAUUGGCAGGAGUCCUGGAGUUCUUGUCAUGAACAUCACUCAUACAGGGCCUCUAUAGACUCCCAGAAUCGGCAGUAUCUCCCUGUAUCACUAAAACACAAGCUGUUCAAGGAUCUGUUGAUCUCCCAGCUUGAUGAAAACAUUACGUCCUCACCAGAAGGGGUAGAGUCCUGGAAAUCUUUGAAAAAUCAACCUCCGUCCCAGGCAGAGCCCGAAGAAAUUGAAUCAGAGAUAGAUAUGCCUGAUGUGCCACUGCAUCUCCAGUUCCACAAGAUUAACACACCUUUCUCAGACUGGCACCAGUCUUGGAAAGUGUUAACUGCAGAAAGUGAAGGCGAAAAACAACAGAGAGAAUGGAAUGGUUCCUGGAAGAUAUAUUGUCCGUAUCUGUCAAAAAACAACACAAAAGCCCAAAAUGAUUUUGUGUUUUUGUCCAAUAAGCAUAAGUCUUACAAGUGCCUGGGUGUCGAUCAUGCUGAAAACAGCAUGCCUCAGAAUGAAUGGUCUGAAUCUUGGAAGACAAAGCAGCACCAGCAGCAGUUGGAGGACUGGGCAGAGUCUUGGAGGUUAUCUGUCGCCCCAGAAUCCAACAACUCAGUAUCACUGGACCGGUGGAAACAAUCAUGGAGACUCUCAAAACCAAAUCACCCACAUCCGCUUAACCAGGGCACAGAGCCUCUCAUACACAACAGCCCCAAACACUACAUGCAACUCCACGAGGUUGUACUGCCGCAAGCAGAAUGGAGCAACUCCUGGCAGUACCUCAAGUCAGACACUCUGGAUCCUAACACGAAGAAGGAAACAGACAUACAGUAGAACAUUAUAACAAAUGAUCAGAUAUGUAUUUGAUCCUAUACUAUUUUUACUUCAUGUCAAUAUACAUACUUGUUAAAUGUCUUAUUACUGGACACAUUAGAGUGAGACUAGCAGAAUUAUCUGCUGCAGGGAGGAGGUUGGGGUGGAUGAAGUGUAGUUCGCAUUGCUCUUGGAAACUUUAAAUCUAACCUAAACUAAUUAUUUCUAUUCUAUUGACUGAAAUGUUGUUUUCUACCUGCUGUUGUUGCUACUUCUAUUGUUGCUGGUUGUCUUUGUGACUAAAUUCAUGCUUGAUUGACAAACACUUUAUCCAUCUGGGAUUAAUAAAUAUAAUUUAAUUAUCAUAUUAAUUGCUAAAGUAACAUCAAUGUUGAAGGUUUCUCUCAAAUUGCCAGAGCGUUCACCAGGACUGAACUGGGAUCUUGUAACGAUGUGCGCUGAGAGUUGGGAAGAAAGUUCAGGGAGUGAGUGUUUAAAUAAAUAAACACAACUUAAUACAAAACAAAACACAUGCACAGACAUGACACUGGAACAGAAACAAUGACACCUGGGAAAGGAACCCAAGGAGUGAUGCAUGUAGGGCAGGUAAUCAAGGAGGUGAUGGAGUCCAGGUGAGUCCGGUGCGAUAACGAGCAGCCUGGUGACCUAGAGGCCGGAGAGGGAGCACACAUGACAGAUCUGAAUUCAGGACAGCAACAUUCUGUCCAAAUGCAACCAUUUAGACAGGACCACUGGGCUAAAGAUGGACCAGCUCAUCUGGCAUUUGGGCAAACUUUUGGUGUUCACCUUUUGACCUUUUUUCUGUUCCAGGCUAUUAUUAUUUAACACAUCUUCAUGUAACAUGAGAGAACAUUGAACAUGUGUCAUAUGUAGUUCCAUGGGAAAGCAGGGCAUAAUGACAAAACCAAUCAUCUGCACAGUGGUAUAAAGUACUUACACUAAGUAAAAAAUACUUAAGUACUACUUAAGAUGUUUUUGGGGUAUCUGUACUUUACUAUUUCUAUUUUUGACAACUUUUACUUCACUGCAUUACUUUUGACAUUUUCUAUUAAUGUAUGACAAUUGGGUACUUUUUCCACCACUGCAAUGCAUAAAUAGAUCACAGAGACACCCUAGGUUUAAAAUGAAUGGAAUACGAAUAGCCAGUCCUUAGCAUCCACAGGAGGGUAAUAUCAAACAUGUUAAGAUUACCCAAAUCAUGAUUUCAAACUAAACCAAACCAUCAAUACAGAGAAACUUUAGUGCCUUGGCGACUCUGGGCCAUGGCUCUUAACCUCAUCUUGAUGGGCUGGAGUUCAACAACAACAGUGAAACAUUUUAUUUGACAAAUGUCAAUGUUUUAUUAUGGUUGUUUAAUUUGCCUCUUACCACAAUAUGGCCUUUGCACAUUGAAAUAUCAUCAAAAGUUUGAAGCAUGGGAUGAGCUAAGCACAUUAGGGGAAAAUGGAGUUUAUGAAAAAUCAGAUUGAGGUCUACAAACAAAUAAAUUAAAUGUAAUUCCUAAAUUA